GUUCAUUGGGACGAGAAACUUGCCCCACUCGCCUGCUGGACGGAGUUGUGCAUGCGCUUGGUGCGAAGGACACUUGCGCAGUGUCGAUUAAGGUGCAUGGGAACGGGUGAUGGAUGGCCGGGCGGCCGUUAACGGGAUGGAGCUGUGAGCUGGAUCAGACUCGUCCCGUUGAUCGGCUGUUGAGCGCACGCAGCCCGAUGUUUGAUCAUACGGUAUCUUGAUGAGGUGGCUGGGCGGGCCUUGGCGCCUGGCUUCUCUUGUUGGGUGUUGAUCCUGAAUGAAGGCGUCCGUCGGCUCUGGCGUUCCCUGUUCCACCGUCCGCCUCCUCCCGUCUUCCCGCUCACCAUGUCCGGGAAACACUUCAAGGGACCCGAAGUUAGUUGCUGCGUCAAAUAUGUGCUGUUCGGCUUCAACAUCGUGUUCUGGUUGCUGGGAGCUGCAUUCCUAGGAAUAGGCCUCUGGGCUUGGGCUGAGAAGGGUGUGCUUUCUAAUAUCUCUUCUAUCACAGACCUGGGAGGAUUUGACCCAGUCUGGUUGUUCAUUGUUGUUGGUGGAGUCAUGUUCAUUCUUGGAUUUGCUGGCUGUAUUGGUGCUCUGCGUGAGAACACUUUCCUAUUGAAAUUUUUUUCAGUAUUUCUGGGUCUAAUUUUCUUCAUGGAGUUGACAACUGGGAUACUAGCAUUUGUCUUCAAGGACUGGAUCAAGGAUCAACUCAACUUAUUUAUCAACAAGAAUGUUCAAGCUUAUAGGGAUGACAUAGAUCUUCAAAACCUUAUUGAUUUUGCACAAGAGUAUUGGUUGUGCUGUGGUGCUCGAGGGCCCAUCGACUGGGACCUAAAUAUUUACUUCAACUGUACAGAUUUCAACCCAAGCCGAGAGCGAUGUGGUGUUCCAUUUUCUUGCUGUAUAAAAGACCCUGCGGAGGAUGUCAUUAACACACAGUGUGGAUAUGAUGUCAGGUCGAAAAUGGAAAUAGAUCAACAAGAUUAUAUUUAUACCAAAGGAUGCGUUGGCCAGUUUGAGAAGUGGCUGCAGGAAAAUUUGAUUGUGGUUGCUGGAAUUUUCAUUGCUAUUGCUUUACUGCAGAUAUUUGGAAUUUGCCUGGCACAGAAUCUGGUCACUGACAUUAAAGCUGUCAAAGCCAAUUGGUAAAAUUUCACUGAAGUUAAUUAUGUUUGAUUGAUAGAGCUGUUGAAAGCACAUUUGUAAAAAGCACAUUGGAUGAAUGUCACCUGUAGAGUAUUUGUUAAUCUCUUAAUGCUCCAAGACCUGUGGAUAUUAACUAUGUGGCUGCUAUUAAGCAGUUGAAUUUUUUUUACAAUAACAGUAAGUAAACAAAAUUUGAAGCUCCAUUAUUUUAAAGGGAACUUAAACAAUUUUUAGUUAAUGAGUAUUUUGAAAAGUUGCAUGUCUUUGAUGUAAAGUACCAUGAAUGUAAAGUUUCUUACUGUUAAAGAUGGUGUGAUUAAAAUGUUUUCUAAGGGGAGGAAAAAUGAUUUGCUAUAACUGCUGACCCACUUGAAAAUAACUAAAUAGUUUUGGGCUAUUAAGUAGUCUUAGCCCUGGCUACUCUACAGAAAAUUUGGAAUCUUUGUGAUAUUAGUAUUAAAAAGAUAGUAAUUAGUAUAUGCAGAUCUACAGAUUAGAUUAAUGAAUACAGAUUGACAUGUUUAUAUGUAUUUCAGACAGUGAACAUAAAUGGCAACACUUUUAAUGAUGCCUGUUUGAUAGAGAAAAAAAAAUGAGUUGUUUAUCAUGGCAGUGCUCCAACUUGGGUUAUUACAGAUUUUUUUAUUUCCUCAAGUUCUGACAUAACUUGCUUAUUUUGAAGAAAGACUGUGAGAAAGUCAACAGUGUCAAGUGCUUGUAAAAUAAAUUUAUAGGUGGUAAAUAUGUAAGUGUUACUUUGUUUCUUUAAAUAACAUUAACACGUUUAUUGCACUAAAAUGUCAUUUAAAUUGGUGGUGCAAACUGGUAAACUCAGGAAAUUUACUGUUUUAUUUAGUACGUUAUUAAAUGCUGCACGGUUGUAUUUAGUUUCACAAGACUGCAAAGGGGUGAAUAUACAAACACUGGUCUGCUGCUAUUUUUAACAACUGGCCUUUAACUUGUAAGAACAUUUCUUGUUGCUGUCAUUACAAGUUUUUAGUUUUGGUAUGUAGAGACAGAAUUUGAUUAGGCUAUGACCGUUCCUAAACUUCUCCUGAGUAAAUGCUGGGUAGUAAAAUCUGUUUUAAAAAAACUUGGGGGUGUGGUUGUGAUGUGGGCAAAUAUUGAUGAGGUAUUCAUUGACUAAUUUGUUAUUAGUUAAUUACUUUAGGCAUGAAAGCUAAUGUAUCCAUCAAACCAUAAUUCAUGCACAUUAGUCACAAAAAUAACUGGUUCCAUGUACUUUACAUUUUGGAUAUACGUUUAAAACCAAACCAGAUUAGAUAUUAAUAUAGGAAAUUUCCUCAGUCUGGGUUUUUUUUUUGACAAAAGUAAUUGAUUAAUUUGAACAUACCUCUUAUAUUCAUUUCUGUAUGAAUUUACUCAGUGUUAUGUGCUGGAAUUUUAAACUAAUGCUAUGACAAUACUGCGAUUUCAACAUAAUUAGAAGGACCAGUUCAUCAUAUUUGUAUAUCAUAUGUUAUGCUUUCUCAUGGUCAGUCUCAUUGCAUCAAAUAUUUACGGAAAAUUUCUGCACUGGUACGUUUUGUUCAUUGCGAUGCAGUCCAGUAGAGAUUAAACCCAAUUGAUUUAGUCUAAAUGUAAAUAGAUUAUUUUAAAUAUACUACUAAAUACAUUUUACUUUGUUAUAAGCUGUCAUUAUUCUGACAUGAAGUAAAAUAACAUGCACUGUUCCACCAUACAUUUCAUGUUAUCCAAGAUUUGUUUAAAGCUAUUACAACUAUCUUCUAAAAUUGAUGUAAAUUGAUAUUCUUUUUCAUGAAUAGAUUAUAAGUGGAAAUAACUUGUGCCAAUUCAUUUCAGGUUUUGAACCUAGUUGUAAUUUUUAAGCUCUUUCUACUUUACAACUACUGUUUAAAAAAACUUUUUAUGAUGGUAAAAUUUUCAGUUUUAUAUACAUCACAGCAAUAUUACAAGUAAAUCAGACCAAAACAUGCUGUUUGCUCUUCUGUGGCAAAACCUUGCUAUUACUCUUUUGCAAGAUUAGUCUUCAUACUUGCACUUUUCACAAUCAUUGUAGAAUGUACUCUGACUCAGUGUUGAUGAUGUUAAUGCAGUUUGUUAGAGCUGCCUCAGAGUCCCUUUGGAAUAUUGUAUAGCUGGAUUUCUAAGUGGUAAAUUUAUGGAGUGUAAUUUUUUUUCUACAACUUUGUUUUCAUUUUACAUUCUAAUUGGUACUUGAGUCAAAUUGAGUUAAAAUAGUUGUCAGUAAACAGAAUCCAUUGCAGUUGUUCUCUUUUAUUGCUGGUUACUUUGGGUAUUUCCAUGUGAUGUACAUUUUGCUCAAAGUGUUGUCUUGAUUUUUGAGGCUUUCAGAAAACUUCUAAUAAUUGCAAGAAUUUGGCUUUUUUUCUUACAGAAAUUAAUUCUGUAAGCAGUGUUUAUGUUGUCCAUUCUUAUUUUGUGUAGAGUAUCCAGAUAAAUUAUUUCAAAGGUUGUCUGAUUUAAGUAGAUCUCAACAUGUGAUUUGCAAAUAGCUGUGUUACAUUGUUUUUGCACAGUAUUAAACUUUUUGAAAAUCAGAGUUGUAAACAUGCAUUGCACAUUGUUUGUGAUCAUUGAGGUAUCAGGAUUACAAUAAAGUUCUGUUAUUAUUUAC